ACCAUCUAUGUAGGUAUUACGUCUCUGAUGUGUCAGAGGGAGUCGGGGCGAGUCUCGACUGCAGACAUCGUCGAUGCGCGCAGGAUGCUCAUCAGCAUGACAAGAAACCAUCGCUUUUCUCUUGAAGGUUCCACAGUGACAAAAGUGUGACCGCUCAGAUCCACACGCACACACGUCAUAAGAAGGCUUACGCAAGAGUUUUGACUCUGUUCCUGCUCGACAUUGUUCUGCUCUUCAGGCCUUUUUUUACUCAAAAACAAAAUCCUCAGCCCUGACCUGAAACCACCAUGUCUGGGAAGGAGCGCAGCCCCCGCCAUCGGCCAUGGUCGGUCUACCGGGCUAAUACGUUUGAUCUCUCUGCUGAGAUGAUGGGGUUGGCUCUCUCAGGCAGCAGUCAGGACCCUGAUGAGCCGGUGCUGGAGUUCAGCGUGGCCUGCAGUGAGCUGGUGACUCCUGCACUGGACCGUAAGCCGACCAGCUUUGUGGCCGUCAGCUGCACCACUCCGCCCCAGGCCUUCUGGACUAAACACGCUCAGACUGAAAUCAUAGAGGGCACCAGUAACCCCAUCUUCCUGAGCAGUAUAGCUUUCUUUCAGGACUCUCUGAUCACUCAGCAGACGCAGGUCAAGCUUUCAGUCUAUGACGUAAAGGACCGCUCACAGGGCACGAUGUACAUGCUCGGCUCUGCCAUGUUCUCCGUGAAGGAGCUGCUGCAGGACAAGCACCACAGACUGCACCUGACUCUCAGGUCAGCGGAGAACGAGCGCGUGGGCAACAUCACUGUCAUUGCCUGGCAGAUAGAGGAGAAACGUGAGCAGAGAGCUCCUGUCGCAAGAUUACAGAGGGGGGAUACUGUUAAUGGAAGGAUGGUUCUGCCUGUGGAUGAAAGCCUAACUGAAUCCAUGGGCAUCAAAUCCAAGUCGUCCUCUUUGUGUAAAGAUCCGCUGCUGAAGGCUGUGUUUGGCGGCGUCAUGUCACGGACGUACCGUUUCCCCACUACGGAUGGUAACCACCUGCGGAUCCUGGAGCAGAUGGCAGAGAGCGUCCUCUCCCUGCAUAUUCCUCGACAGUAUGUCAAACUGCUGCUGGAGGAGGAUGCUGUCAGGGUGUGCGAGCUGGAAGAACUGGGUGAGCUGUCUCCAUGCUGGGAGAACCUCAGGAGGCAGAUCAUUACUCAGUACCAGACCAUCAUCCUCACCUACCAGGAGACCAUAAGUGACCUGCAUGAAUAUAAGGGUCCGUCAUUUAAGUCUAGCACCUUGAAAGCUGAGAGGAAGUUGGAGUUCAUCCCCACUAACCUGCAUAUCCAGAGGAUGAGAGUACAGGGAGAGUCUGGUUACGACCGGACGUACGACGUAGUAACUAUUGGUGCGCCCGCAGCACAUCAUCAAGGCUUUAAAGGCUGCGGUCUCCGAAAGCUGCUGCACAAGCUCGAAGAAGCCAGGAAACAAACCCAUGGAGAGGAGGGCUCUAAAGCAAUGGCAUACCAGCCUCAGGAUGUUGUAAAAGCAAAGGAGCUGAUUGGUCAGAUUAACACUCUUAAGACACAAGUGUGUUACUACACUGAACGUCUGUCCCGAGCUGCCAAGGAGCGCUCAGCCAAUGCUUUGGAGAGAACUCUGGCCAUCCUAACAGAGAAGACUCGUCAGCUCGUGACCGUGUGCGACUCCAAGCUGCUGUCCACAGCCAUCGUGGCUCUGGCAGCAGCCCGCCCAGAGUUCUCUCAGCAAAGCACCCCGUCGCCAUCCUCCUCCUCCCUCUCGCCCUCCUCUCGCUCUCCGUCCCGCUCCCCCUCUCGUCACCCCACCUCGCCCUCUCGUGCUACCACCUCACCCUCUCGCCACACAGCUCCUCUGGAGGGCAGUGAAGGGACUAAAAACAAGCGCGCUUCCAUGCAGGCAGAUUUGCAUGAAGAGGAGUGGGAGAAGAUUUGGCUAAACGUGGAUAAAAGCUUGGAGUGUGUGAUCCAGAGAGUGGACAGGCUGCUGCAGCGGGACAAACUCCAGAGUGACAGCAGCUCUGAGGACGUCUUCCUGCUCGCCAGUGACGAGCCGGGUAACGCUAAGAAAGAAAGCAGCCCAGAGGUUGAAAAGUCAUCCCCAGGUGAGUGGAGCGACGCCCUGUAUCCUCUCCUCACCACGCUGACAGAUUGCGUGUCUCUGAUGAGCGACAAAGCCAAGAAAGCCAUGGUGUUUCUGCUGAUGCAGGACAGCGCCCCCACCAUCGCCAUGAGCCUCACCCUGCAGUACCGCCGCGACGUCGUCUUCUGCCAGACGCUCACCGCUCUGAUCUGCGGCUUCAUUUUGAAGCUGAGGAACUGCCUCUGUGACUCAGGCUUCCUCAGGCAGCUGCACACCAUCGGCCUGCUGGUGCAGUAUGAGGGCCUGCUCAGCACUUAUGGCGAGGAGCUGGCCAUGUUGGAGGACAUGAGCGUCGGAGUGAUGGACCUGAGAAAUGUCACCUUUAAAGUUACCCAGGCAACUUCUGGUUUCAGCCCCGACAUGCUGCCGGUAAUUACGGGAAACAGGAGCGGCUUUAACGUCAGGGUCCCGAUGCCCGGGGCGAUGUUUGACAUGCUGCCACGAGAGAUCCAAAAUGGGAUGCUGCUGCGAGUUCAGCCCGUCCUGUUCAACGUUGGCAUUAACGAACAGCAGACUCUGGCUGAGAAGUUCGGAGACACAUCGCUGCAAGAUGUCAUCAACAUGGAAAGCAUGACUCGCCUCAGCUCAUACUACGACCAGUUUAAAGAGGUCCUUCCAGAAGACUGUCUCCCUCGCUCUCGUAGUACCACCAGCGUGCCCGAGCUGCUCAAACUGCUGAGCCAGAACGUGAACACCAAGAAGAACAAGAACGUGGAGAUCCUGUGGCAAGCAGCUGAGGUGUGUCGCCGCUUGAACGGAGUGCGUUUUACCAGCUGUAAGAGCGCUAAGGACCGCACAGCCAUGUCUGUGACCCUGGAACAGUGUCAGAUCCUGCAGCAGGAGCACGCCCUGGCCCCACAGGUCUUCUAUCAGGCCUUGGACUGUAUGCGCAGCGAGGGCUGCAGGAGAGAGAACACCAUGAAGAAUGUGGGAUGUCGUAAAUAUGCCUUUAACGCCCUCCAGCUUAAGGCCUUUCCCAAACAAUACCGCCCUCCAGAGGGGACAUAUGGGAAGGUCGAAACCUAAGCGGACUCUGCUAUUUGGCAGAAACCAAAAGACUGUAAGGGGAUGAAGAAGAUGGCGCCACACAAACAAAAGCACCAACACAAACUGGAACAGCAGCCCUUUGUUCUGUGCUUAGUCAUUGUUAAGAUAAUAAAUGUCCAAGUGCCAGUGCUCACUGUAGAUCAUUUUCUAGCAGACUCCCCUCUCCUCUCAGUAGUAUUAGAUUCAAACACUUUUCACACAUACUUCACAGCCACAGUCGGCGUUCUGUGUUACUUCGUAGCCAGUGUGCAGACAGUGUUUGCUGCUGUACCAGUUGUAGCAUCGGGAAGCGUACAGUCUCUCUGGAUUUAUUUUAAGGAGACGUGCAAAAGCCUUUAGUUUUAGAAGAAAAAAGAUGUGGCACACAGAUGUAUUUGUACUCAGCAGAGCAGCUUUUGUUGACGCUAUCACACCAUCAGUUAAGAAGUGAGACUGCUGAUUAUCUACAAAACAUAAAACGCAUUGAGCCCUUUUCAGACAUUGGAUUCCCACUGGCUUUACCUAGUGUGUCAUUGACGCAAAAGUCAUUUUACUUUUCAUGUUCAUCACAUAAAUCACUUCUUUCAGUUGGUCCCUUAUCCCAAAGGGUUCACCACAGCAGGUAGCUCUGGAUGUAUGAUCUGUUUUCUUUCCUGACUCAAUCCCAAAGAGGAGUUUGUAUCACCAGCUGGAUGUGAAUCUGAAACAUUUUGCUUGGCAAGCACACAUGUGUAAACCACCACACUAACAGAGCCUCAGACAUACUGUGGGGGUAAUAAUCAUUUGAUCCCUUGCUCAAUGGAGAGAGACAGAAUAUGAACCAAAAAUCCAGAAGAAAAAUCAUAAAAAAUUAUAUAUUGAUUUGCAUGGCAGAGCUUGUGUAUCAGUGUGGAGAUGCUGCUGUGGUGUUUUAGGUUGUCAGCUGAAAGGAGAUAUCUUCUUUUCUGAAGUCACUGUUGUGAACCAAAGCCUAAAACAACUGAAGUCUGCUGAUUUCUGGAUUCUGUCUUGGCUAUUUCUUAGGCAGGAAGCCUAAGGUUCAGAUGUUGCCAGACUGUAAGGAGUGCAUGUCUGAAAGGGGCUUUAAAUUUAUGUGCAUAUUGAUCUGUGCCUCACCACAAACACAGCAUGUGUGGUUUACAUCAAGCCAAGCCUAAAGCACUGAGGUACAAUAUAAAUCCACUACGUAAAACAAUUUCCAUCUCAUAGAUUUUUGUCCUCUGUCCUACUUCUUUUGGCAAAUGACAGGGAAUAAUAUUGGAACAGAUAUUAAGGUUUGUUCUUUUUGAUCAACAUAUAAAGACAAGUUUAAAAGACAAGAGAAGCUAGCAAGAUGUCACGGGAUGCUAAUGACCUAUCUCCUGCUGUUAACUUUAAAUCCACUCUAGGCAACAUACAGGUCAAUAAAGUUCAUCAGAGCAAGCGUAGUCACUUGUUAGAGAUGUUUCUCUGGAGAUAAGCUGCUCAGCAGAAUCUGCAGGAGUUGUUAAAAUCAAAGAGCUUAUUUUGUUUAUUUUCCUUAGGCAGCCGUCUCUUUGUCUUUCUACAAACACGUGAAUAUUCUGCACCACAUCACUCCAAUACAAGCACAGUUCUUUGACGAGUACGGCAUAUAUCUGACACGACUCUGACAUUUUUAUUGAAAUGAUGUCUUACCUAACUUCUGAUGUUCUUCUGAUGCUAUGCUGGAAGCAUUAAAGGAGAACUUGUGGACAAAUGGUGGGCUUCAGAGUGGUCCAUCACUUUAUUCCACAACUCUAACAUGUCUAAGGAAACAUUUCUGCAGGAUCAUAUGCAGCGCUAUGGUGGUUUAAGAGCCCUUCAAACUUCAAAAGGUUUUCAUUGAUUAAAGCAAUGUGUGUCUUGGUUUUUCUCAGUUCUCUGAAAAAUUAUGCAGAAGUUCUUGAUUAGAAUCAGAAAUCUUAUUCGUUUUGCCUGCAUGAAAAGAUCUUCAGCUAUAUGUUAUUGCAGCUGUACACCUCUGCAGUGAUGUAUGGGAUAUAUGCAGUUUUGACUAUCAAUGAGAAGUUGAUAAAGGUUUUUAGACUCAAGUGAAAUAAUGCAUAUUGCAUUAUUGUGAUAACGAACACCUCUUUUGUUUUCUGUUUAUUAGCUGUUUGCUUAAAUUCUAUAAUGUGCAAUACUUGCAGAGAAAGGGGUUUUAUUUUGACUAUGUUGUUUAUGUUCACAUGGCUGGUGCUGCCAAAUGCUGUUCUAGUUUCAUCCAUUGUUAUCGAGUAAGUUAUGACUUUGAUCUGACCAGUUGUAUGUGCAAACAGGAUGAACAGGUUGCCUAGCAGCGACCUGGACACCACAAAGGUAUGAACUGAAGCUGGAUAAUGAAUAAAGGCUUGUCAAUGGCAAA